AUGCAGCGCCUCCGCUCAUCGCCGCCUCCACUGCGCAGGCGCAGCUCCUCCAGGACGCAGAGAGCAGAAGAGGGAGACAGAAAAAUGGCCCUCGAUAAUUUAAUUUUCGCUCAAUGCAUCCUUUAUUUUUUAGCCUUCGUUUUCGGUUUCAUCGCCGUAGUGCCUCUGUCCGAAAACACGGAGGACUUCGGGGGAAAAUGUCUGUUGUUCACACGGGGCAUGUGGCAAAACGAGAACAUCACCGUGUCGAAGCAGCGCUUCAUCGUGGAGGAGUGGGGACCCGAGUCCUCCUGCAGCUUUAUCACUUUUGUCGGGAUAGCAUCCCUUAUCCUGUCCGCAGUGCAAGCGUGGAGGCUGCUCUUCUUCCUGUGCAAAGGACACGACGAGUGAGUGACCCUUCACUGCUGCACUGUUAAUAUGUGCACCAUAGAGAGCUCGGUAUGGGGGGCCAGACCACUGUGGUUUGACGGCUCGAUAUAUCUAUAUAUAUAUAUAAGGCUUUUCCUCUGCUCCAGCAGAAAUAUUUAAAUGUAUUUCUAAUAUAGGCUCAGGUAUGUUGAGAAUUAAAUCAAUCAAUCAGAGAAAUGGCUUGUCACUGUCGUCCUCCAUUAGAAGGAUGGGGGAAAUACACUUAAAAUCAUGGCUCUCACACACUACACAACCGUCCAGUCUCGGUGUCCAGUCAGUAGCCUACUGGAAAUUCUUCAUCCUAUGUCUUUCUUCUACCUCCCCGCAGCUCCAUCUUCAAUGCCUUCCUUAACCUGCUGAUCAGCUCCCUGGUGGUGUUCACAGUCUUCCUGUCCAGCACUAUCGUCAGUGUGGGGUUCAACAUGUGGUGCGACUCCAUCACAGAGGGAGGAACCAUGCCCAGCAGGUAGAAAAGAUUACUGCAAAAACUCUUGAGACUGAUCCAUAAAAGUGUUGUCAUCAUCCUAAAUACCAGUUUGUAUAUCUUUCUUAAGCUGUGAGGACCUUCAGGACACUGAUCUUGAGCUGGGACUGAAUAACUCUGCUUUCUACGACCAGUUUGCUAUAGCUCAGGUGAGACUUUUUAUUCAUAUCAUGAAGUCAGUCUGACAAAAUCUCACUCGUGUUCACACUAGUGUCUGUUCUGCAGUUCGGCCUGUGGGCUGCCUGGCUCACCUGGCUGGGUAUCGCAGUCAUGGCCUUCCUGAAGGUCUACCACAACUACAGACAGGAGGACCUGCUGGACAGCCUGAUCCACGAGAAAGACCUGCUGCUGGGCCGCUCCUCGCGCCGCAACUCCGACCUCAAGACUGGCCUGAUCUAAAAACGGGAGGACGCACAAACACGUACUCAGUCACUCACACUCAACCGUUCAGUCCUCUGCCUGCUGUGAGAAACACCAGUGUUUGCCUGUGUAGACAAUCAAAAUUGGCUUUUGCUUCCAUCGACCAUUGAUCAGAGGGUUUAGCUUUGUUCUCUAAAGGUAAUUGAUUCCCCUUCAAAAAUCCCCCUAUGGUUGUUAAUCCUUGACGAAUCCUUGAGUUCAGCCAUGCCUCUUCAAGGCACACAACUAUGGUUAAGCUCUGAAAGUAUAAACCCAUUUAAUGGAGCCUUUAAUGGAGUUUCUAUAUAACAAUGCAGUAUUAAUGGCUAAGGGAGAUUGGACAAUGGAUCAUGUUGUCUUUGUGAAACUUCUGCAUGGAUCUAAUGCAUGGUAAAUUCAUAAGGUGGUGGUUUUUAGAUGUAAGGGGUUGUCCCUUUUUGUUUUAUACACCAAUAAAUGUGUUCCUGAAGUAGGCUUCUUUUUAUGUAGGGUGCACUCGGCAUCUUGAUGAAGUCAAAAUUCCUUGCAUGCUGCAGCAAAGCAAAAAGACGUGUGCUUUUGCAGUGUAUUCUGAUUAUCAGCAGUUACAAAUGGUGUUUUAUAAUAAAGACAAAUUGUAGUUCAGAGCAUUUAUGUAUGAGACAGCCAGUCAAAAAAUGCUUUUAGCAAUCUGUGUAAGCUAAAAAACAAAUCCUAUUUGUGGCAUAGAGCUACUCAGGCUUCUCCUGCACACUUUAUAGGCUACAAACCAAUAUACUGUGUUACUGUGAAUAGACGCACAAAUGUACCUGCAUGCAUCUCUCUCCCUGUUACACACGCACACCACACACUCACUUAAUGUCCGAGAUAACAGAAAGAAAGCAAGUAGUGUGCUUGACUUUGAUAGGCAAUGACAGUUUUAUUCGAAACAACUGAAAUCAUAAAACGGUAAGAACUAAGAAAACCCUCCAUAAAGGCACUUCUUUCAAAGUGACCAUAAAUGUCUGGACAGCCGUGAAAUGCAGCUUCUAAGCUAAAUGUGCAUAUACACUGGGUAUUGUUUUAUUGCUAAUGACAAUUUAAUUUGACAGUACAGAGUUGACAGUGUUUCUUUCUUCUAUACAGGCGUUGUUUGCCUCAUAUUGCUUUGACAUUCAAAUGUGAAAACCUUUUGAGUUCCCUGAAACCUGUUAUAUAAAGAACCAUGUUUUACUGGAAA